AACGCACCGUCAGUUCUGAACAGCUGGAGUUCUCAGCUGAGUGAAGAAAGCGGAUCCACACCGUCCUGACUGAUAACACGGCUGGACUCUGGAGGCUGCAGGAGCUUGACACGGUCCCUUAAGGACACUUUUAUCGCACUGAGCUGAAGAAAUGUCCUUCUAGUGACAGUUUAAUCUCCAAAACUUCGCUCCGGUUUUGCCGUGAUACCCGCGCACCUGCAUCGAUCUUAAACUUUUCUUUCUUCUCCUGAGGAUUUCUUCACUUUCCUCCUGCAGAGCUGCAGCCAUGCAGCAGGAGCUCCUGUUCAAAGUGCUGGUGAUCGGGGAUCUGGGAGUGGGAAAAACGUCCAUCAUCAAGCGGUACGUGCAUCAGAUCUUCUCCCAGCACUACCGAGCCACCAUCGGGGUGGACUUCGCCCUGAAGGUGCUGCAGUGGGACAACGACACUGUGAUCCGGCUGCAGCUCUGGGACAUAGCAGGACAGGAGCGCUAUGGGAACAUGACUCGUGUCUACUACCGGGAGGCGGUGGGGGCCCUGGUGGUGUUUGACGUGACGAGGGCCUCAACGUUUGACGCCGUGCUCAAGUGGAAGGACGACCUGGACUCAAAGGUGACCCUGAACCAUGGGAAGCCAGUUCCAACUGUACUCUUGGCCAACAAGUCAGAUCAACUGUCUUCCCAGCAGCCCAAACUCGACUCCUUCUGCAGAGAAAAUGGCUUCGUUGGCUGGUUUGAGACUUCUGCGAAGGAAAACACAAACAUCGAGGAGGCGGCUCGCUGCUUGGUGGAGCACAUCCUGACCAACGAGGAGAACCCGGGAAUCGAGCGGGAGCCCGGCUCCCUUGUCCUGUCUGGAUACACAAACCCCGCAAAGGAUCGUUUCAACUGCUCGUCAUGUGUGAAGUGGUGACUUCUGGUCAGGCAGGAAGUAGGGUGACCAGAUCUCAAUAAUCCAAUUGUGGGACAAAGAGCAUAUUUGUGUGGGACAAUGUGGGACACCUUACCAAAGCUGAGAGGGGGGUCUUAUUUUUUUUAUAUAAUGUCUAUCUAACUUUAAAAAAUAACAAACUUUGAUGGAGAAUAAAGUGCUUUUUUAUUCAUAUAAAAUUUAACCAAUAUUUUCACCAGCAAAA